GAACGGAGCUCAUAUGAUCAUUUACAAUGGCAGAAGAGCGAACACCGCUCAUCGGUGGUCAAAAUGUCCCAGGAACUGUGGGUUAUGGAGGUUCGGCAUCCCCUGCGGGACAAGGGACAGGGGAAGGUACUUUGGUGUCCCCUGUUGGCCCAGAUGAGCUACCGCCACCAUAUACCCCCUCAUCUUCGGGAGUGCCAAUGGUGACAUGCAGAGUUUGUCAAGCGAUGAUUGACAUCUCUGGGAAAGUAGACCAGCAUGUUGUUAAAUGCAGUCAGUGUAACGAGGCAACGCCAAUUAAGAAUGCUCCGCCUGGGAAGAAGUAUGUGCGAUGUCCAUGCAAUUGCCUUCUUAUAUGUAAGAGUUCAUCCCAGCGAAUAGCAUGUCCCAGACCUAAUUGCAAGAGAAUCAUCAAUCUUUCUCCUUCUCCAGCUAAUCCUUCACUCCCUAAUGUACCAGGAAUGUGCAGAGUUACUUGUGCUCAUUGUCACGACACAUUUAUUUUUAACACAUUAAACAACGCUUUAGCAAGAUGUCCUCACUGCAGGAAAGUUUCUUCAGUUGGUCCAGAAUUUGCGCGAUGCAGGGGGAUCAUCUUCGUAGUAGUUGGUCUUUUCUUUCUGGGUGUAGGAAUAGCCAUCACUGUUACCACAAUUGGUUACACUGCAACCUAUCCAGGGAUUUAUGUGGCAUAUAUUGUGGCCUUCCUCAUCGCUUUCAUCCUUUUCUACCGAAUGGUGUACUACUGCUCUAUGAAGAUAAGUUUGAUUGAGGGGCCGUUAUAAAUAAGAGCAAGAGAAAGAAGAAUGGUUGGUUCUAGGGAUGCCUUCUCUCACCACUUCUUAUCUUUCUCGUCUUUCUCUAUCAGAUGGUCAGUAGCAGUUUUUGAUUAGAGUGAUGAUGAUGAUGUUAGAUAUUUUCUUCAUUGGACUAUACUGAACUUGGCAUGAUAAUGCAGUAUAUAGCGAGAUGACUAUCUGACCUGUAUAUAUUUAUAUAUUGGUGAUGUUGAUCCUUUUUUCAUAAGAUAGUUUGUAUUCAUUCACUUUUGAGGAAAGAUCCAUUUCCAUUUCUUAAUCUGGCAAUGUGAAUAUUCAUAAUCUAUAGUUUUAAAAGAGGAGACCACUGUAAGCUAUAGCUUUAGAAACAUUCUUUUCUGACACCAGACCAGAAUGAACCACUGUUUUAUAGCUUUAUUUUUUAUAUUUUAUGUUUUUCCUCAAAUCACCAGAGUGGUGCCAAUUGCUAGAUUGUCAUAGCUUGGUUCUCUGAAGGUGAGUGAUUUAUUUUCAAAGUAGCAAAUAUUUUCUUACCUUAAAUUGAUUCGUUUAAGAACAUAUGCAGUGUAAAAUUGUUAUCUGUCUUGUGUACUUGCCUUGAUCUGUUGAUUAUUGUACAGUUAAUUAUAUAUUGUAUAGCUUUUUUUAUGAAACAAAAAUCUACUUCUUGUUAGGUAUGCAUUACUACAUGUUAAUAAAUAACAUAAUCAUAAUAGGAAAUUUUUUGUUAUUUUUGUGUACACAACACAACCAUAAAGAUAUUUUGAAGACGCAUGUUGAAUUGUCAGAUUAAAUAAAGCUAAUUUAAGUAUAGAAACCUGUGAUAAGCAAAUGAUCUUAAGAAAUUGUCCCUGUAAUCUUGAUGUGGUAUGCCAGAAUAUAUAAAUUCCUAAACAUAUCUCAUCACAAAAUUUUGCUCUAUUGCUAAUAUGAUACUAUUCAGUAUUAGGAGUUUUUUCAGAUAGACAUGAUUGGUAUAAAUAGAUAGUUUUAAUGUCUGAAUUAUUAGAAGAUGAUGGGUAUGUUCUGUAAGGGUGAAAAGAGAAAAGUGAAAAAAGGAAAUAGGUUUUUUUAUUCAUUUUAAUUAUUAAGCCCAUUUAGAUGCAGGAGGUUAAUUGUUUUAAGCAUAAAAGCUUUUCAAGUUAGGAAAUUCAGUGCUCUUCAGUGAUUAGAAAAACGUUAGAAUUUUUUUUGUAAUCGGGGCUUUUGGAUAAGUUCAGUAUUAGGUACCUAUCAAUUUGUCUGUGGAAUCUUUAUAAUUGUCAUGAAUAGGAUCAGCUUUACCCUGAAGAACAUAUUCUUUGUUCAAGAAUUUGUUGUCCAUAUUUAUGAAUAGUGCUCGCAGCUUGUCAGUUCUCAAAGUUUUAGGGUAUUGUUACUGUUUUUUUUAUUGUCUUAUUAUAUAUGGUGAAUUUUAGGCCCCAGUGCUGUUAUAUAAGUUCAUUUCUUUGGUAUGCUGCACCAUUAAAUGUACAGAUAUAAAAAUUUUCUAUUGGCAACAUUCACAAAAUGAAUAAGCCAGAGUAUGAAUGAUGAAUGUUUAUACAGUAUUUACCUGCAUGUUUUGCAGUUUUUAAACCUGUUGUGCAAUGAGGAUUGUUCCCAGCAUUAAAUUUCAGUUCAGAAAACCAUUUUCAGUACUUCACAAAAUUGCAGGUGGUAAGAAGCAUUGCUGGUUUGAUAGUGUGAAGAGCAUAUGGAUAGGAAAUGAAGUAUGUACUAUAUAUUAAUUGUGUCAAAAUUGUUUAAAAUACUGAUGAGAAAAAAUUUAUUAUACCUUUAAUUAUGUAAAAGUACCCUUCAUGGAAAACCUUGCCAACAAAAUACAGAACUUGAAAAUCUCCAUUUCGUUUGAACCUUAGUUUGAGUGUAGUUUUGGUAAGGCACUGAUACAGUAAUUAUUAUCAAGUAAAUAAAAAAAAAAAUAAAAAAGACUCAAAAAAUGACCACCAGAUGUCUAGUAUUUUGUCGUAAUACGUAUUACCUAUUGGAUUAUUUUUUUACCCUUCUGUACAAUAAUUAAUCAGUACAGUUAUGUUGUUUUUUUGCAAAGUCUAGAAGUAUUUGUUGUAAGAGAGCCGGCUGGAAUCCCUAAAAGUGCUGUGACACAUGAGGUGGUAUUAUAUUACAAUAGAUCAAUUUACAGUAGUGAGAGUGGAUAGAAAGUCCUUGCUAACCAUACAGAACAAGCAAAUAAAGCUCCUUUGCACAAGGAGAUUAAGUCUCAAAAUGAUAUUCCAAGUCUCGAAAACCUUAGAGAAGUGUGUAGCACUGCAUAAUGGGAGUUAUUAUACAUAUAUAUAAGCUUUAAUUUAUUCAAUGUGAAUGUGUUUAUUAGGCACUGGCAAAAUUUUAAACACACAACUCAUUUUAAAUAAGAGCGCUAAUGACAUUCCUCUCAGCUGUACAUAAUUUAGAUUUAUCCAAUAUAAGUGUAAAACUCUUUAAAAGCUGUAUCCAAAAAUAAAGUAAUGUUCAAGU